AUGUCCGUCCAAGCCAAUGGCCAAACACGCUCCCACACCUUCAGCACCUCGCUCUUCCGCACUCGGUCCGACCUCCAAGAUGCCUGCCGCGCCCUCCUUGAUCCCCUAGUUCCGCACUUCACGCCCGGCAGCAGCCGUGUCAAGAUAGGGUCGUCGACGACCCGGUUCGACGAAGGUGGCGCCCAGAUCGAGGGCUUUGCCCGCCCACUCUGGGGCCUUGCGUCGCUGCUUGCCGGUGGAUAUGACUACGUCGACGCUGUGCGCUGGCGCGAGGGCAUCAUCAACGGGACUGACCCAGAGAGCCCUGAGUUCUGGGGCGAUAUUGAAGAUCUCGAUCAGCGGAUGGUGGAGAUGUGUCCCAUCGGAUACACUCUCGCUGUGGCGCCGCAUGUGUUCUGGGAUCCGUUGACACCCAAGCAACAGGAGAAUGUGGCGGCUUGGUUGGCUAGUAUCAAUGCGCGAGAGAUGCCCAAUACGAAUUGGCUAUGGUUCCGUGUGUUUGCAAACCUGGGACUCCGAAGGAACGGUGCUCCGUAUUCUUUGUCUCGCAUUGAAGCCGAUAUGGAUCAUUUGGCAUCAUUCCAUGUGGGAGGCGGCUGGAGUAACGACGGUCCAAAGAGCCAUCACCAGAUGGAUUACUAUUCCGGGUCCUUUGCCAUCCAAUUCUUGCAGCUUCUUUACUCAAAGCUGGCGGGCGACUUUGAUCCUGAGCGUGCUGAGCGGUAUCGGCACCGGGCUAGAGAAUUCGCCAAGGACUUUGUGCACUACUUUGCUCCUGAUGGUACGCCGCUACUCUCCCGCUGCAAUCUGUGA